CGAUACCUAUCUUUGUAACAAGCUCUAGGGUUUCUUUUUCGAUUUUCUUUUGCUGUUGGUAAAUUAAUAAUCAGACUAGUGAAGAAUGGGUGAGAGUGGAAGGCGUCAACGCAAUAAGAGGGAUAGGGAGAGGGAUAGACAUGGAGAGAGGGAUAGGGAUGGGGGCAACAACCGAGAUUACAAGAACCAGAGAAGAAGAGGAAACGAAAGAGAUGAUAGAAAUAAUAGUAAUAGGGAUAAUGAUGACCUAGUUGUGUAUAGAAUAUUAUGUCCAGACCGGUUUAUUGGGAGUGUGAUUGGAAAAAGUGGCAAGGUUAUUAAUUCGAUAAGGCAAGAUACAAGGGCAAAGGUUAAGAUAGUGGACCCAUUUCCGGGUUCUAGAAACAGGGUUAUAACUAUAUAUUGUUAUGUCGACGAGAAAGCGGAUAUUGAGCCUGAUGGGGAACUGGGUGAUAUCGAUCCUGUAUGCCCUGCUCAGGAUGCGCUUUUGAGGGUGCAUAGUGCAAUUGCAAAUGUGAUUGAAUCAGCCAGUGAUCGUGAUUCUGAUAAAAAGUGGAAAGAUAAGGAAGAGUGCCAAAUUCUUGUUCCGGCUAGUCAGUCUGCCAAUAUUAUUGGGAAGGCGGGGACAACUAUAAAGAAGUUAAGAAGCAGGACAAGGGCAAACAUUAAAGUUUCUCCUAAAGAUGUUGGUGACCCUAAUGAUUCGUGUGCCAUGGACUACGACAACUUUGUGCAGAUAACUGGUGAACCUGAGGCAGUUAAAAGAGCACUAUUUGCAGUUUCUUCAAUUAUGUACAAGUUCUCUCCAAAGGAAUUGAUUCCUCUUGAGACAUCUGUUCCCGAAGCCCCCGCAAACAUCAUUAUACCUUCUGAUGUACCCAUUUAUCCUGCUGCUGGCCUAUACCCCGGAGUAGAUUCAUAUAUAGCCUCGAGAUCACUUCCUUCUGUUCUAAGUGCUUCACAUGUACCAGAACUUCAAGGUUUUGGAGAUUCAGCAAGCACAUGGCCAAUUUACUCUUCCGCCCUCCCUGUGGUUUCUGGAUAUCCUGGUGCAUCUAUAUCCGGGGAGUUAACCAUCAGGGUUUUGUGCCCAUUUAACAACAUUGGGCGUGUUAUCGGAAGGGGUGGGGCUUCUAUUAGAAGUGUUCGAGAAGCUAGUGGUGCUCGUAUUGAUGUUGAUGACACCAGACGUGAUGAAUGCAUUAUAACAAUUUCAGCCACAGAGUGUUUGGAUGAUGUCAAAUCCAUGGCCGUUGAAGCAGUUCUAUUACUACAAGAAAAGAUAAAUGAAGAAGAUGAGGAUAAUGUUUCCCUAAGGCUCCUCAUCCCAUCCAAAGUUAUUGGAUGCAUUAUUGGUAAAAGUGGUUCAAUCAUAAAUGAAAUUCGGAAGAGAUCUAGAGCAGACAUUCGCAUAUCAAAAGGUGAUAAGCCCAAAUGUGCAGAUGAUACUGAUGAACUUGUUGAGGUCAUUGGAGAAGUUGGCAGUGUGAGGGAUGCGCUUGUUCAGAUAGUUCUCCGGCUUCGAGAUGAUAUUUUGAAAGAUAGAGAUAGUGGUCGCAAUCCAUCUUUAGGAAAGGAUUCCAUGUAUGCUGGUGGCAGCGGGCUUCCUAUGUCUUCAGUCUUGCCGACUGGUUCAUCAGUUACUCCUUUGGGUUAUGAGCACAGAGCUGAGACCGAAAGUCGCUUGGGCUUGCUAUCGUCAAGCUAUGGAUAUGGCUCACUACCGAUGAGUGACACUGGCUAUGGAUCUUUGUCUUCAUAUUCGUCAAAGCAGCUCUAUGGAAGAUUGUCUCCUGCUGCCUCCGAGAUGUUGAUCCCUGGUCAUGCGGUUGGUAAAGUGAUGGGUAAAGGUGGAGCCAAUGUAGACAAUAUUCGCAAGAUAUCGGGAGCUGCGGUAGAGAUAUCUGACCCCAAAUCUUCCAGGGGUGAUCGUGUGGCUGUGAUAUCUGGGACAUCUGACCAAAAGAAAGCAGCUGAAAACUUGAUUCAGGCUUUCAUCAUGGCCACCUAAUUACGACUUACGAGGAUUCUGACAAUGAAGGUGAAUGGCUUAAACUUGUGGGACUUUCUCCUUCAGAUGUUGCCUUUGUCGUGCUUCGUGCCUUAAGGUCAUUUUAUCAUGAAACAGAUCUCAUUCUCCUCGGUUCUUCUCCCUGGAGUUUCCUUAAGGUUUAUCUUAGGCUCUAUCCAGUGGCACUCAUUAGACUUCAAUAGAAUCUUUUCUUUCAUCCCUCACUCCUUUAAUAACUCAUGUUCUUUGGUAGUGCGGAUUCUGGCUUUAUCAAAUAUUAUUAUGCUCCAUGAAGUUAAUACUCGUGCGGUUGUUACUGCUCUGUCGUAAUUUUAAUCAUGAUGAUUUUUUAUUUCUUUUUUUUUUUUGACUAUUUCCUCUUAUUCCUCUGGAAUCUGGAAUUAUCGUUAUACUCCUUUCUUGAACUGACGCGUUCUGAAAUGGUUAUCUGUGUGGUCUUCUUCAUACUCUCUUGAUUUGUUAUAAAUUAUCUGGAAGCAGAAAGUUAUGUUCUGCAGCCGUGCUAGAAGUAAAGAGAACAUACAAUAAUCGUGACAUAUAGUUUCCACCUCCAAACUUCAUUCUACAUAACUCAGUCGUUUCUAAACUACAAAUCUUAUACCAUGCUUGUGUGGUUUUGUCAAAUUGAUGUAAUCCGUGUGCCUCUGAUUGAUUUAAGAUUUUACACCCUAUCUGUUAUGCUAUAAAACCUGAAGUUCGUCUUUGCUUAGUGCAUAUGACUAGUGAACAUAUUAUCAUCUUUCAUCUUGUGUUCGCUUCUUUCAUUCACUAUUUUCUGAACACCCACCUCAAAUGAAUCCUUUAGGCUUUUUUAAUUAGUUGUUCUGGAAUUUGUACUGUCUGGUUGUUUGAAAUGCCAGGAAAAUUGCAACCUCUAUCUCACACAGUGAAGAGCAAUUCCUUCCUACAGAAAGUAAAACAUACACAAAACAAGAACACAGGAGUUUGUGAUUCAGUCUAGAAAUAACCUAUUGAAUUGUCACACUAAUUAGUAUGUUCUAUUGAUGCUUCAUAGUGUUCACAAUCACAUUGGCUAUGUAUAUCUAUUUGAGAACUGACAAAGAAUCCAACCACCACCAAGGUGGCCUACUGGUCUAGAUGUCCUCACAUAUUUGGGUGUGACCAGGGAAAGGGUUCAGACAUGGGCUCACGGAUACCCUGGUUGGUCCAUAUAUAUCUGAGUCAGUGACUUCACCGACUUGCCCUCCCCCGGUACCAGAAAAGGGAAAAUCUCCGUUUAUUGUUCUAGAUUCUUGCAACCAAAUACGCAUUCUUUUAACAAGGGUGCUGACCUGGAAAUCCUGCAAGGGGUGUCAACCUCUUGUCUCCUUCUGGAUCCUUGUAUUCAUUACAGCUUCACAAAUGUCAGACGUCACAACUCAAACAUGAACUUCCCAUGUCAGAUCUUGUCUCUUACUGCGAGAAAGGUCAACACUUAUAAUGCAGAUGCUGUUUACUGUCCUGAAAAUUUGAAAUGUUUGGUGUAUCAAUACUGGUCUGAAGUACCUUUUAAAAACCUAGUUGGCCAUUUAUCAUUUGAGCAUAUACUUAUAGGAACCCCACUCCAAAUACGUUGUAUUCAGCAUACCAGGGUGUUUUUCCUGCCUAAGAAGUCAGAAAAUUAUGCCAUGUUAGAUUGUUGGACCAUAUAAAAUGUCAGGAAAAGGAGCGUGUGGUAGUUUACUUGCAUAAGAGCACAUAUGGUGUACGAUGGAUACAGCUUUACGUUCUCCCAUCAGUGACAUAACAUAUGGAAACUCACUUUAUGUAAAAAUGUCGUGAAACUCUUCAUGUGUCCUCUGAAGGUUUAGGCUAAAAAAAGUGAAUACUUGUUCAGCAGAAUAGUCUGGGUAUGUACUAUUAGGUGCCAUAACCUGGAUGUUAACCCCAAAUCAUAGCUAGGGUUGGUUGUUAGUGAUUCCAUGUAAUCAUUCGAUUUUUUGAUCUUAGAUGUGCCUUCUUAUAGUCUUUUCCAUCAACUUCAAUACCUUUCUACUAGCACUAACAUCAAAAUGAGCUAUGCCAUAUCAUCUACAAAUAACAUCCAGCCUGUCAACUGAAGACACAAACUAUAUGUGAAAGAACAUAUACGGUGAGCUAGGAAGUUGCAUGUUACUGAUGAUAUAUGUGUCAUUGAAACAUGAUAUCAUAGCUUUAAUCUUUCAGUUUUAGUGUUAUAUGGUCUUGGUUCCAUUUAUCUGAAGCUCGUUGAAUAACUCCCAAGACAUCAUCAUGUGUUCCUUUGAGUGCAUUAAUCUUCAUGGCAAUUGAUCCAAGUUUAUGAAGGAUUCUUGAUACAUUAGAAGAACACUAGAAAUCCUGAAAGCAUUCUUGCUAGUUUCAUAAUUUGGUCUUAUGCCUAAUUAUAUUAUUUUAUUUUUAUCACUGUCCAUUACAAUUUUAUCCCUAGCUUCUUCGGGGAUAUUUUUUUCAAAAAAAUCACAUCUCCAAUUGGCUCACUUACAAUAAAGGCGGUUUGAUCUUUUGGCACACUUUUUUUUUAAAAAGUUUAUAGUGAAAUCUUGUAUUUUGAAAUGUUAGAUGUUACGUAUCCUCUCUGAUAACAUGCCCGAUGACAGUUUCGUUAGCUGGUAUUCUUUAACCAAUUCUUCAAUAAUGCAAGUUAUUGCUCUGUCUGCAUUAAUGCUGCUUUCUGGUAGCAAUGUUAAGGUUGAGAUAUUUUUUUACUAUGUUCAUGAAUGCGUUGUUUGGUAGUGUUUUUCAAGUGCUACAAAGAAACAAUGAGGAAUCAGGUGUUCUGAUAUCUCUGCAAAGCAACAAUGCCAGAACAUUAGAUUAACAUUCAGGGUUGACCUGGUAAAGAAGUAUCAAUAUGCCAACAUAUCUCUUUUGUUGUAAUUGUUUUUUUUUUUAUUCUGAGCUACUAAUUGUUACUUGGUAGCAUUCAUUUGUUAUGUGUGUUUUUGUGUUUGCUUCUAUAAUUCUCGAUGUUUGCAGGUGAGUUAGUUCUUUUCUCCCAAACAUACAUCUGGCUAUUUAGUAGUUUAAACAGUGUUGUUUCAAAUGUAUACCCUAAUGUUAAACAUAUAAAGCCAUACACUUUGAUGCAAUAAGAUUGUCUUUUGUUAUCUUUUUUUA